AUGGACCUUUCGCGUUUAACAACCCCUUCAACAGUACCAUCCCCAAUAACAGCACCCUACUCGUAUCAUCCAGUACCAAAUUCCCAAGUUACCAAAUAUACUGACAGUUCGCUUUUCACUAUUCCAACCACGACUCUAGCAAAAUCAGGCAGUUGGCCACAGGAGAAUACAGAUUAUACAAUAGCCAACAGCACUGCUGCAGAUUUUUUGCAGAAUAAUUUCGGAAAACACUGUAAUCCAAAUAUUCUUUAUCGGCCAACUCCAAUUCACCCUAUAUCGGGAAGCUUUUAUUCUGUCAGCAGUAAUUUUCCUGAUGUUGAUGACAACACUGACCUACCACUGGAUUUAAGCCGAUCCGGAAAAAAUGUUGUGGCUGAAAAAUUCGGCAAAGAAACGAAGCACGAAAUAACAAAUCGUGUUUGCUUAACGCCAAAAACGCUCUUACCGACCUGUACUAAAUCGAAUACAAACUGGAUUGCUUCUAAAUUAAGUCCUAAUCGAAUGUCCUACCCACGUGAAUUCAAACUUAUGGUUAUUAACUACUAUCACAGACAUGGUCAAAAUAAGUAUCGCACAUGUAAAGAAUUCCAGAUAACUAAAUCUAUGCUAAAUGGAUGGCUGCAAAAACUUGACAAGAUUAUUCAAUCACGACCUGGUUCCUUAAAAUCAGGGAGAAGUGGCCGAAAACCGCAAUUUCCAAACAUCGAGAAGCAGUUGUUUCACCUGUAUUGUAAACGAUUGCAAUAUGGUCAAAAAAUCGGUAAUCGAUGGAUCAGAGACACAGCAAAAAGUCUUGCUCAACAGCAAUGCUCACAACAGGAACUCACUGGAAUGUGUCGAUUUAGUGAAAGAUGGCUAAGUAACUUUAAGAAGCGUUACCAUAUAAAUUUGCACCGUAAGUGGACAACAGGAACAGCCAGUAUUAGUUCAAUAGACUCUGCAAGCUCUGAAUCAAGUGGUACAGAAAAUCACGGACAGCUAUCUCCAAUUAAGAGCGAAAAUAGUGCAGAUUACGAAACGAGCGAAAUGGAAGAUUCAGCUUUGGACUGCGAAAGCUAUAAAAGUGAAAGUCCCGAUCUGUUGAAUGAAAGCGAAGAGAUGGUGAGCCAAAAUGAAUCCCUAAUUUUUGGACAGGAACAGGCGAAGGAAGUCCUAAAUAAGCCAGGCCAACCGCCAAUAUUGACAUUUUACGAACGGUACCCCUGGUUGUGCAAAAAGAAUAACACUGGCACUGAGCCCGGCAGACGAGGCAGAAAAGUUCAGUUUCCCAACGUUGAGAGAAUCCUAUUUGACCGAUUACAAGCCAAACAUAACAAAGGUGAACGAGUGUCAAAUCGAUGGUUACAGGAGCAAGCUCGCGAAUUGGCCAUGAAGUUAUGUCCAGAAGUAUUACAGGAGGCGACGAAGUCAGCCCGAUGCUUAUUUUCCGAACAUUGGCUGCAUAAUUUUAAGAAGCGGUAUGAUGUAAGCCUGAAACCGUCGGUUAGCAGCAUAAAGUCGUCAGCUUCGAAUCAGUGUACAAGUGUUUUGCCAAGCGCAUCAUCACCUUAUGAGAACAGCGUUGAAAGUAUCCCAUUUGCAGUACAGCAACAAUCCAGUGCUCUUGAAGCCUAUUCACAAACUUCAAACGGGUUGCAUAAUUGGUUCUUAAGUCGUUGUCAACAAGAGCAUUAUAUGUUUAGCACAAAUUUUUGCUAA